ACUCUGUCCGCCAGUGUACUGGCAAUAGCCAGCGACGCAUCACGUUCCAUAUUCGAAUUAAUUCCGUUCUCGAACUAAAAGUGUCUUUCAAGGUUCAUUGAAAGUGAAUACUUUUCGUUGUUAUCAAGUGUACGGAGCAUUAUUCAGAUAGCAAAACAUGUCUUCCAAAAGUUUGUUCAAAGUAAAAAGAACUUUAGAAACACUAUGUCAGAGUUCAAAAUACGCCUCAGCGAGUGUUAGAAGAAACAGUGGCUGGACCAGCGACAGGAUCGUCAAGUCACCGUUCAAAAACGUGGACCUACCAAAUAUAACAUUGAACGAAUAUAUCUUCCAGAAUCUUGAUAAAUGGCCGGAGAGAACUGCGGCUGUAUGUGCUGUAACCGGCAGAGGUUACACUUACGAGCAAACCUUCAAGCUGUCAAACGCCUUCGCCGCAAACCUCCGGAACAAGUUUAAAAUUGAAGACGGCGACGUGGUAUCCGUGAUGUUGCCGAAUAUUCCAGAUUUCCCGCUCGUUGCGUUGGGAAUCCUGGAGGCCGGCGGCGUGGUGUCCACGAUAAACCCUAUCUACACUGCUCAUGAAGUCCAAAGGCAGCUGUUACUGUCCAACGCUAAAAUUGUAGUCACCCUACCUGAAAUAGUACCAGUCAUCAAAAGUGCAUUCAAUAUUGCCAAAAUAGACCUUCCUGUCAUCGUAAUAAGAACUAACGGAGACGAACUACCAGAUGGGACUAUUAUUUUUAACGAAUUAACCGAAGACCCGCGUGUGGACACGUCAUGUCUGAAAGCAGUUAGAAGGAGUACGAAUGAUAUUUGCUUUCUCCCUUACUCUAGUGGUACAACAGGACUACCGAAGGGGGUAGAAUUAUCGCACAAGAAUAUUAUAGCUAAUUGUGAACAAAUUAAUGAACCGCUCAUAAGAUGCCAUAAUGAUACUACAGCUAUCAUCAUUCCAGACUCUCAUCAGGACGCAGUAAUGGGGAUUUUACCAUUCUUCCACAUCUAUGGGGCGUCAGUGAUCAUGUUCCACAAAAUGUCCGCCGGCGCCAAGCUGGUCACCCUGGCGAAGUUCCAGCCUGACGUCUUCUUGCAGUCACUGCAGAAGUCCAGGACGAAUAUAUUGUUCCUAGCUCCACCAAUACUGUUGCUGAUGUCAUCUCACCCAGCAGCCUCGAAGGCAGUGUACCAAUACCUGGACGUAGUGAUCAGCGGAGCGGCGCCUUGCGCAGCGUCAGACGUCAGGCGAUUGUGUGAAAAAGUCCAGCGUAAAUUAGACUACAGGCAAGGGUACGGCCUGACAGAGACUUCGCCCGUGGUCUGUUUCCCAAAGAACGGGUCAGACGAGUUCGCUGCCGUGGGUCAUCCCGUGCCCAGCACGGAGCUCAAGAUUGUGGACAAUGAUCUGAAGAGCUUAGGGCCCAAUGAGACAGGUGAACUCCUGAUCAAAGGGCCGCAGGUGAUGCGCGGAUACAAGGACAACCCUCAAGCGAACAUCGAGAGUUUCACCGCAGACGGGUGGUUCAGGAGCGGAGACCUGGCGACUAUAGAUGACAGGGGAGUAGUCACUAUUGCGGACAGGCUGAAGGAGCUCAUCAAGGUAAAAGGCUUCCAAGUACCACCGGCCGAGUUAGAAGGGGUCCUACGGGACCACCCUGCGGUCAACGACGCAGCGGUAAUAGGAGUGCCGCACCCACACAACGGCGAAGCACCCAAAGCUUUCGUGGUCCUAAAACCGGGGCAGAAAGCUGAUACUCAGAAUAUAUGUGCCUUCGUCAAUGAGAGAGUCGCACCGUAUAAAAAUAUUAAGGACGUGGUCUUUCUUGAUAGUAUACCGAAGAGCUCGGCUGGCAAGAUUUUGAGGAAAGACUUGAAGGCGCAAUAUUGUUCUUAAGACUGAAAUUAUGACAGACAAAUAUUAAGACCAAAGGUGAUGACGAAUUACGGAAAAUAUACAUAUACUAGUGUUACGAAUCGAUAACCCCCUCUUGAUUUGGUACCUAGUAGAACAAGCAAAAUGUAUAAUUUAUUAAAAUGUUUUUUUUUUUUGCUUUCGCAAAUAGAUUAUUGGUAGCUAUAGUAAAAGUAACGUUAGCUCAGAGUGAGGAGGAACAUACGGAAAACGUGGCUACUAAAACAUUUAUAGUAUACUGUGACUACAUUGUGUAAUGGAAAACUAUAAAGCGCACUACACACCAAAGCCGCCGACACGCCGACACUACCCGACCGCGGCCUAUGUCGAAAGAAAACCAUAUGUCGACAAAAAGUUGACGACAUAUGUCGACGGGUCGGCGGCUUUGGUGUGUAGUACGCUACUUUGCAAUAAAUUCCUUUAUCUAGUGUAGAAAUAAUUUGGAAAGAGGAUUUUUUAGUUUUCGCUGAUAAACAAAACAAAUUGGUAAUUAAAUGUGAUGGUGGCGCUAGUGUGCAGUUAUGUAUCGCCUUAAUGACGUUAAAAUUUACUUAAAACAGGGUGAGUUGCACCAGUCAAAUUUGAACUUGACUUUCACCUGCGCACCGCUGCACCACACAUUUCGACUAAUUAGCGUAUUUUUCGUUUUUCUGCAUAGGUUAAAGUUAACGUCAAAGUUGACUGGUGCAACUGUUAGGGUUUCAAACAAUACGAAUGGCGUUUCAAAGCUUAAGGCCACAAUUAAACUAUUUUUUUAUUAUUUACUAGUUAUUUUUAAGAAAAAAAAACAUUUUAUUUCUAAGUGCAUACUAGUAGGUACAGGUAAAUACUACUGGGAUAAAAUAGGAAGUUUGCAAUUGAAAAAUAAUAAUAAUUGCAAUGAAUUUUUUAAGUAGGUACUCGGUAUAUAUACUGUUAAUAAUCUAAGAAUAUUAUUUUGUAUAUUUUUACUGUUUAUAUACGUAAAUAUCGCUCAAUCUUUGUGAAACCAAAAUAUUUCAAAAAUUGUAAUAAAUUGAUGUUGUAAAUAAAAUCUUUUUUGAUUAUAUUAUAAUUUCGAUAAAUCUAUUUUUGUUAUGACUGUGAAUAUAUUUUCUAAAAUAAA